AUGCAUAUGAUUGCAUCACCCAACAGAUCUGCACCUGGUUCAUCCGACGCACCCUCCUCUGCACCUGGUUCCGCCGUUGCACCCUCCUCUGCACCUGGUUCAUCCGACGCACCCUCCUCUGCACCUGGUUCCGCCGUCGCACCCUCUGCGUCUGGUUCCGCCGGUGCACCCUCUCCGCCUGGUUCCGGUGGCGCACCCUCUGCGCCUGGUUCCGCUGGCGCAACCUCCACUGCUGAACCCGGAGUCGCAAUCUCGGCUCUAGUGGCAGCCGCACCUGCCGAUAUUCACCCCACCGCUCCUGACACUGGCGGCGUAGGCUGCAGUGCACUGUCAGAACCCGCUACUCGAGCUCUCCCCGCAUCUUCAUCUGCUCCCAAUGUGUACGUCUCGGGUCCGAUGAUGGCAGAAGUCAUCAAGGCGGUUGAAGAGGGAGGCGCGGAUCCUUUCCUUGCUUACGGCAUCGAAACAGGAAGCGACGACGAUGAGAUGAACGACGACGAGGCAGAAGAUGCUGUCGGUGCCCAAGCGGGGGAUGAUGCCGAUUUGCGCACAGCGGAGCUUCGUGCAGCUGAGUUAUGCGCGGGGGAGGUGCGCGUAGCAGAGUUGCACGAUGCGGAGGUGCACAAGGCGGAGCUGUGCGCGGCUGAGGUGCGCGCUGUGGAGUUGCGUGCGCCGGAUGAGCGAGUUGCGGAAGUGCGUGCAUCAGAGGUGUACAUAGCAGAAUUGCACCACGGGAAUGAUCUGGCAGCAGCUCCAAGGCGUGAACGAACAUGGUUUCAACACUUACCGCUCAGUUGCAGGAGGCAAGGGCCGCGAUCAAGAGGGUGGAGGCAGAACGCGAUCAACAAGGCUCAGCUAGAGUCGCUGCAGCGCCAGCUUUCUGCGGAGGUCGCUGGAACGAGUGUGGACGAAGAUGUUCGGGACCCUUCUGACCCGCAAGUCAGAAUGGAAAACGUCCACAAUGACUUCUUGGGCAACCCGAUCAUUCCGUCCUCUCUGACGGAUUGCGACACAUUCAAUGAUGUGAUGGGCAAAACCUACGAUUGGCUCAUCACUGCUUCCCCUGCAGGAGACAUGGAGUUCUACCCCUUGUGGGAAGAAUUCCAGCCGCAUCACGUGUGCAAGUACGUAGCUGAGGGGACAACUCAAGACCAGUACUACCUCUUUAUGGGUGGGAACAGCAAGCGCGUGGAACGGGCUCUGGCGUUGAUUGGCACCAAACGUGCCAAUAUGAACAAGCCAAUCAAGUUGUGGGCGUGGGGCGCUGGCGGGUACAUUGACAAGGAGAAGUGGCACCUCCUAAAGAUUGGAGGCAUUACUCCAACGAAAGCACACGAUGCUGUGGAGUGA